GAUACAGUGACAUCAUUCAACUGCACAAGUGCAGGAUCUCGGCCGACAGCAGUUGUAUCAUGGUCUGUUGGGUUGGAUGAAGAUCCCGGUAGGACGACCUCUACGUCGAAAACAAAUCAGGAUGACCAAAGUUUACGCGACACAGAGUCUUUGCUUCUGCUGAAUCCAAUGAGGAGUCACCACUAUCAAUAUCUUCGGUGUGUGACUACUGUUGGUAUAAACCAACGUCAUACAGAGUUAAUGGUCAUGGUCAACGGGCCAUCUGAUCCUCCUAUUCUCGAUGGAACACAAAGCUUACAGGAUGGUGUAUCAUCUAAAGUCACUUGUACAGCAAACAAUGGUUACCCAGAACCAACCUUCCAGUGGUAUCUUGAAGCAAAUAAUGUAACCAACAAGUCUCAAAGACAAUCCUACUUGAAUACAUAUCAUCGAUUCGAUUCCAUAAGUGUACUCAAACUCACCCCGACGAAAGAUGAUCAUGGAAGAUCUAUAGUCUGUCAGGUUUUUCAACCAAACGAUGCAUAUAUGAAGCCUCAAAGGGUUAAUGAUGUUCUUCAUGUUCUUUACCCUCCAGUCAUUGUGGACUAUUCUGUUCGUCGUGUACCCAGUUUUCAAGGCAGCGUUAUUGCCAUUCUCAUAUGUAGAUCAGACAGUAGACCAACAGCCUCAAUAACCUGGUUCUUGAAUGGUACUGAACUCAACAACAGCACCUGUCAUCAGUUUCAGUAA